GAUCAUCACUUUGCAUUGCAUUUAAUUCCCCCUCUCUCUUCAAUCUCUUCCUUCCCUCCCUUCAUCUCCCACUCUUUUCAAUUCGUACUUUCUUUCUUUCUUUAUAGUUUAGCUACCACCACUACCUUCUGCAACCACCAUUCCUCUCUUCUUUCUUCCUUUCUUUCUUUCUUUUUAAUACUUAAUAAAUUUAUUUCGAUCUUUCUAGCUCACUCAUUUAUUUUUCCACCAAAAUCAAGGGAUUUGAAACAUGGUACAGGCAAAGAAGUUCAGAGGUGUGAGGCAGCGCCAGUGGGGCUCCUGGGUGUCAGAGAUUCGCCACCCUCUCCUGAAGAGGAGGGUGUGGCUGGGAACAUUUGAGACAGCAGAAGCAGCAGCAAGGGCUUAUGAUCAAGCAGCGAUUUUGAUGAAUGGCCAAAAUGCAAAGACCAAUUUCCCUUCAACAAAGAACAACCAACAAUCUCAUCAUCAUAAUAACAAUGCAACAACAACAACAACUUCUUCUUCUUCUUCUUCUUGCAAUGAUGAUUCUUCUUUCUUGUCUCCCAAGGCACUCUCAGAGCUUCUCAGUGCAAAGCUCAAGAAGUGCUGCGGCAAGGACCCUUCUUCUCCUUCCCUCACUUGUCUCCGCCUCGACGCCGACAACUCCCACAUCGGCGUCUGGCAAAAGGGCCCCGGAAGACACUCCGAUUCCAGUUGGGUCAUGAGGGUUGAGCUUGGCAGCAAGAACCACAACCACCAACAAAAACAACACGAGGGUAAUAAGGUCAUUUUCCCAUCUUCACCAAGUAAUAAUAACAUCACUAACAACAACAAUAAUAAUACUAAUGUUGUUGUUAUUGGAGAGAAUGAUGAUGAAAAUAGAAUUGAAGAAGAGAACAGGGUUGCCAUGCAGAUGAUUGAAGAGCUUCUUAAUUGGAACAACUAUCCAUUUGGUAGUUCUUCAAGUAACAAUAAUAAUAAUAAUUCUCAGCAGCAACAAGAAGAUCAGAAAAGGAACCUUCCAUGUCACAGUUCUUGAAAUUAAUUAAUUAAUUAAUUAAAUAUAUAUAUUUAUACCAUCAUAUAUUAUUAUAUUAAUUAUAUAUAUAAAUGUCCAUUUUCUCAAAUCUUUGUCG